GUUCAACGGCCACCGUUUUCGCGGCGGCCAUGUCGGCGGCGUUCAGCACGCGAUUCCUUGCAUCGGAUGGCAUACCGGCGUACAAUGCUCUGUUGGACCAGCACCUGGGGCACCAUCGCACGUACUUGCUGGGGUCCAAGGCAUCGCUCAAGCUCUUGCAAACCACGGGGGCAAUUGCCAAGGUCGAGCCGGGCAAGUCGGCCGACCAGUACGUUGUGUAUGUAGAGGAGCCGAGUGCACCACCGUGUGUACGAAAACCACGAGUGGCGAGAUCGUCAUCCGACGACUCGUCCACGCGGCCAUGCGACAAACGGACGCGCAAGCCCAUGGCUGCCAGUCCAGACAGCGGCACGGCGCCGACGACGACUAGCGAGACCAACCGGCCCCGGCUGCGUCAUUCCGCCAGCGACGUCUUCGUUGCCCCGCACAAGAAGAAAGACCACAAGUUGAAGAAAGCGACGGAAAUCGAACCGAUGGCCAUGCGACCACAGGUCAAACCUGGCAGCCCGUUCAAGAAAGCAGCGUCGGAACCGGCGACCAAACCGUCCUGGACAGAUCCGACCGCAGCAAGUCUCGUCAAGGACGAGCACCCGCAACGGGGCGUGCACAAGCCAGUCGUGAAUCACUUGCUCGAGAGCGACGUGGCGUACCGCGAAAAGAUUACCAGGUUCAAAGCACAGCUGGCUGCCAUGGCCACAGAGAAAGCCGAGGUCCAAGUUGAGAUCGCGCGGCUGCGGAAGGACCUGCGCGGUGUCAAUGCCGUGCACGAAAACGACAUGGCGGUGGCGCACUGCAACGCCGUCAUGCAGCAUCGGCUUGGCAAGGCCCAGGACGAGUACAUGAAGGUGUUGACGCAGCAAGCCGCGAUUCGCACCACGAUCGACGCCGCGCGGUUGGAGCUGCUUGCGCUGGCCCAAGUGCGACGAAAACUGGAAGGCGAUCUCAACGACACGAAUGCAAAAAUCGACGCGGCCGAGGCGCGGAUUGAAGCGACAAAGGCCAUCCAAAAGAGCACGUUCGGGGAGCUCACCAACUUGGAGCGCCAGGCCGAAGCCGACGCCGUGGAUCGAAUCGUCAAACUGCCACCCGAAAGCGAUGUCGUCAACAUGGAUGUGUCGAAUUUGAUGGCAUCGAUCCACGAUCGCGCGCUCAGCCGCAAGCAAGAGCUCGCCGCCCGACACAACGCGGCGGCAGAGCAGCGCACAAGCGCAUCGAUCGCCACGGAUGGGUCGUUGGGGCCGUUGGACGCGACGUUUACGAUGGCAUUUGCAUCGAUUCAAGACGCGGUGCAUGCGCCGUCGGUCGACGAGUUCGUCACGUCGUUUGUGGAUACGGAGAACCAGCUCCUAUCGAUGUACCAGCAUCACUUGGAUCAGCUCGCCGAGACGAAGAAAGCGAAAGCCGAGCUCGAGGCGCUGCUCAGCCAAGCGCGGACGGUGCGCCACCGCGUGCGGCAGCAGCAAGAAGACGUCCACGCGAGGAAAGCGCAGCUCAUGGACCGCAUUGCCCACGUCAAGCACAUGACGCAAGAAUACAUUACGUUGCAACGGCGACAAGCCGUCGAGCACGACGCGCUGCGAGGGCCGAUUCUGCAUCUCCUGGACGUCCUCAAGGCGGACAAGCACUUCUUACACACGAAUGGGUUCCUCAACACGGCGCAGGACAUGCCGCUUCCGCACAUUUUAGGCAUUGCCCAAGAGCGCAUCGUCGAGUUUGCCAUCUUGUCCCAAGUCCACAACAAACAACUCCACGCCGCAAACGUCAAGGUCCAAGCCAUGGAGCGCUUCAACCGGCGCACGCGCCAGUCGACGCCAGAAAGUCCACCUGCAUCCGCUGUCCCAGCGCCGACCGCCGCGGCGACCAUCGUUGUGGGCCCGCGGGUGCCCAGCGCAUCGACCGUCGGCAACGUCUCGGCUCAAACGUCCAUGGGCCCCACACCACGAGCCGCAGAGCCAACCCAUGCAGUCCUGCCGCGAUCAUUCGAAGACUUGGCCAACAACACGACGUUGCCGAGCGUGCUCUCGACCGAAAGCAGCUUGGACAGUGUCGUGCCGCUGUCGUCGUUCCAGCUCUUCCAACGAGCGCUGCGGUCUAGUGUUCAGGGACGUCACCCUUCAGCUAACGAGUGACUCUUUUGCCGCCGUGCUACUAGAACUGCCCAUCAACACUUGCACAGCGCGCGGACGCGUCUAUCUCGAGCACGAGGCUGCCUUUUCACGGACAC